CAUCCACGAAAACAACAGCAAGAACCAUGAUACUAACCAAGAAAAAUGCUUUUUACGCAGCGAUAGUUGUACAAGCACUGAUUCUACUUUAUCUUAUUAUACCUAGUGAUAAAAAUCACCCCAUAUUGGACUUUACAAGAUCGUCUCUGGCGUGGUUUUUGAAUAAUAACGAAGACACGAGCAUUGUACUCAACACGACCCACGCUUGUAUUUCGCUUAAACCGACUAUAAAACACAAACCAGGCGAGAUAUUUCUAGUUGUUCUGGUGAUAAGUAAGGCACUGAAUGAGGAUGCUCGAGAAGCUAUACGAAAUACAUGGGGAAGCAAGAAGGAAACUGCGAAUGAUCUGGUCAGCUAUGUGAUAUUUGUAACAGGUUGUACACCGAGUAUUCAUCUAGACCACGAAGUUGACAGAGAAGCUUCAAAAUAUAAUGACAUUCUACGCCUUGGUUCACAAGAGGACAAGGAUCCUCAUGAUAUAAAAAGAAUUUGGCAUGGUUAUCGAUGGGCGAUAAAAUAUCAGCCUAAAUUUAUUAUCAAAACACACUACCAUUUGUAUGUUCACCUUCCUCGCAUUGUUCAAUGGCUAAAGGACGCUGAAAAGCCCGAUAAACUUUAUGCUGGGAAAGUACAUAAUCAUGUAGCAGUCAAUCGCAACCCAAAAAAGCCUUUUGUCGUCAGUGAAAAAGAGUUCUCGCCUGCAAACUUUCCUGAUUACUGUGCUGGACCUUUUUAUGCAUUUUCGGGAAAAUUACUGAAAGACUUGCUCGACUUGGAAAGAAAAAUACCCAAGUUUAAUGUCGAGGAUGCUUAUUUAGGUGUUUUGAUGAAGAAACUAGAAAUUGAGCCGACUGAUAUUGAUAGUAAAUUACACAUUGAGGGUCAGCUUGGCAAUGACGUUCAGUCCUGGACAAACCAAAUGUACAUUAAUGCGAAUGUUAUAGGAAUGGAUCUACAGCCUAGUUCCAUUCAAUAUAUUCAUGAUAGAUAUAAGGGUAUAGAACGAGCUGCCUUAAAGAGGGAGGGAGCUUGAAGUUUGGUUGAAGACAAAGUCGUCUUAUCAGGGGAGGGAGCAUAGAGAUUGGUUGAAGACAACGUUGACUUACUAGUGGAGGGAUCGUAGAGAUUGGUUGAAGACAACGUUGACUUACUAGUGGAGGGAUCGUAGAGAUUGGUUGAAGACAACGUUGACUUACCAGGGGAGGGAGCGUAGAGAUUGGUUGAAGACAAUGUUGUCUUAUGACAAAAUUUCCUACCAGGGGAUGGAGCGUAGAGAUUGGUUGAAGACAAUGUUGUCUUAUGACAAAAUUUUCCUACCAGGGGAUGGAGCGUAGACAUUGGUUGAAGACAAAUUUGUCUUACCAGGGGAGGGAGCAUAGAGAGUGGCUGAAGACAAAUUUGUCUUACCAGGUAAGGUAGAGUAAAGUUUGGUUGACUAGCUUUGCUAACAAAAUCAUUUAACAGUUCACAAGUUCGUCAUAGUUCUUACCA